AUGCCUUCUCAAUCUUCAACCACUACAAUGGCCGUACCUGUUCCCCGUCGCCGUCUAUCUCCACUUCUUACCUCUUCCACCUUUGGCGAAGACGUCAGUUUCUAUCUUGACACCGUCAAAGCGAACUCUAAGAACAAGACUCCAUAUAUCUUCCACGAGAAAGAAUAUGCUCCACCUGCCCCACCUCCACCAUCCCCAAUCAACUUCCCCGCUGAAAGUUGGAGCCCCGCUUGUCGAAGAUAG